AUGGCAGAACGCCGCUUGAAUUUCAACGUUUCUGAACUCAAGAAUGCAGCUGCAAAAGCACUGAAUAGAUCCGUUUCCGACGUGAAUGCGAUACAAAAUAUCGCCGAAGACGGUUUCAAUCGCAUCCUCAAUGUAACAAUGAAUAAUGGCUCGUCGGUGCUCGCCCGUCUUCCAUACUCAUCAACCUUACCACGAUGUCUGGCAGUAGCGAGUGAAGUCGCGACACUGGACUUUCUCCGCACUAACGGAAUUCCUGCACCUUUCGUUCUGGCGUACUCCUCUGGUGAGAACGCUUUCGGCGUAGAGUAUAUGUUAAUGGAAAGAAUACCAGGAAAGCCUCUCAGUGGUAUCUGGCUCAGCUUAGCUGAAGAGGAAAGAUGCCGGAUACUGCACAGAAUAGUCUUGAUGGAGACCAAACUGUUCGCGAACACGCUUCCCGCCUGUGGUAGCAUAUACUACUCCCAAGAAAUGCCUCCGGGAAUGCCUCGCAUAGGUAUCUCUGGAUCUAGCGACUUGUGUGUAGGGCCAUAUGCAUCUAUGCGAUGGUGGUAUGAAGAACGUGCAGAACUGGAUGUUGACCGAGGUCCUCACGUCGAUCCUCAGCUCGUUCUUCGAAGUCAUGCCGAGAAAGAGUUGGCGCGGAUCCGGAAAUAUGGACGGCCAAGACACCCAUUCUAUCGCGAAUACGCUGAGUCGUUUGGGUACAAGAAGCACUUCGAAGUUCUCCCUGCUUUUCUCGCCGCGGACAUACCAAUGGCAUUUGCAGACCACGCAGACGAAGGGUAUCGAAGCUUUACAGAGCCCAAGCUACCAAAAAAUCUUGCGUCAACGGCAGAAAAGGAGUGUGCUGAGGCAGAAGAACUAUAUCGCCGACGACACAUACAUUUCUGGUACCUCGGCCUCACUCAGGUGCUGAACAAGCCUCACUAGCAGGCGUGCACUUGCGACAAAACUUUCAUGGCACGUCAAAUAUUUCACGAUGCCGGCACUCGAUG